GUAAUUUCUUGGGCGACGAAAGACCAUUUUUUUGGAUAUUGAAGGCUACAGAUCUCGGAUUCGGCCUUAGGCUAUUCUCCAACGAUGAUUGAGUCCAUUAAGCACCGAUUUGGGCGGAUUUAUUCCGGGUCAAUUUUUGGCAGAUUCCAAAGGGGUACCAUCACAUAUUUCAGGCGAUUUAUCCGAAAUGCCAUUUUCUUUCGAUUCUGGAGGCUACAGAUCACGGAAUUAGGCCGAGGCUAUUCUCCACCGAUAAUGAAGUCUAUUGAUCCUAUUCUCCACGGAUGAUAAGUCCAUUAAGCAUCGAUUUGGGCCAAUUUAUUUUCGGAUGGCAUUUUCGUAAUUUCUUGGGCGACGAAAAGCCAUUUUCUUUGGAUAUUGAAGGCUACAGAUCACGGAUUCGGCCUGAGGCUAUUCUCCAGCAAUGAUUGAGUCCAUUAAGCACCGAUUUGGGAGGAUUUAUUCCGGGUCAAUUUUUGGCAAAUUCCAAAGGGGUACCAUCACAGAUUUCGGGCGAUUUAUUCGAAAUGCCAUUUUCUUUCGAUUCUGGAGGCUACAGAUCACGGAAUCAGGCCGAGGCUAUUCUCCACCGAUAAUGAAGUCUAUUGAUCUUAUUCACCAAGGAUGAUAAGUCCGUUAAGCAUCGAUUUGGGCCAAUUUAUUUUCGGAUGGCAUUUUCGUAAUUUCUUGGGCGACGAAAGGCCAUUUUCUUUGGAUAUUGAAGGCUACAGAUCACGGAUUCGGCCUGAGGCUAUUCUCCAACGAUGAUUGAGUCCAUUAAGCACCGAUUUGGGCGGAUUUAUUCUGGAUCAAAUUUUGGCUGAUUCCAAAGGGGGUAGCAUCACAGAUUUUGAGCGAUUUAUCCGAAAUGUCAUUUUCUUUCGAUUCUGGAGGCUACAGAUCAUGGAAUAAGGCCGAGGCUAUUCUCCACCGAUAAUGCAGUCUAUUGAUCCUAUUCUCCACGGAUGAUAUGUCCGUUAAGCAUCGAUUUGGGCCAAUUUAUUUUCGGAUGGCAUUUUCGUAAUUUCUUGGGCGACGAAAGGCAAUUUUCUUUGGAUAUUGAAGGCUACAGAUCAAGGAUUCGGCCUGAGGCUAUUCUCCAACGAUGAUUGAGUCCAUUAAGCACCGAUUUGGGCGGAUUUAUUACGGGUCAAUUUUUGGCUGAUUCCAAAGGGGUACCAUUACAGAUUUCUGGCGAUUUAUCCGAAAUGCCAUUUUCUUUCGAUUCUGGAGGCUACAAAUCACUGAAUCAGGCCGAGGCUAUUCUCCACCGAUAAUGAAGUCUAUUGAUCCUAUUCUCCACGGAUGAUAAGUCCGUUAAGCAUCGAUUUGGGCCAAUUUAUUUUCGGAUGGCAUUUUCGUAAUUUCUUGGGCGACGAAAGGCCAUUUUCUUUGGAUAUUGAAGGCUACAGAUCACGGAUUCGGCCUGAGGCUAUUCUCCAACGAUGAUUGAGUCCAUUAAGCACCGAUUUGGGCGGAUUUAUUCCGUGUCAAUUUUUGGCAGAUUCAAAAUGGGUACCAUCACAUAUUUCGGGCGAUUUAUCCGAAAUGCCAUUUUCUUGCGAUUUUGGAGGCAACAGAUCACUGAAUCAGGCCGAGGCUAUUCUCCACCGAUAAUGAAGUCUAUUGAUCCUAUUCUCCACAGAUGAUAAGUCCGUUAAGCAUCGAUUUGGGCCAAUGUAUUUUCGAAUGGCAUUUUCGUAAUUUCUUGGCCGACGAACGGCCAUUUUCUUUUGGAUAUUGAAGGCUACAGAUCACGGAUUCGGCCUGAGGCUAUUCUCCAACGAUGAUUGAGUCCAUUAAGCACCGAUUUGGGAGGAUUUAUUCCGGGUCAAUAUUUGGCAGAUUCCAAAGGGGUACCAUCACAGAUUUCGGGCGAUUUAUCCGAAAUGCCAUUUUCUUUCGAUUCUGGAGGCUACAGAUCACGGAAUCAGGCCGAGGCUAUUCUCCAUCGAUAAUCAAGUCUAUUGAUUCUAUUCUCCAUGGAUGAUAAGUCUGUUAAGCAUCGAUUUGGGCCAAUUUAUUUUCGGAUGGCAUUUUCGUAAUUUCUUGGUCGACAAAGGCCAUUUUCUUUGGAUAUUGAAGGCUACAGAUCACGAAUUCGGCCUGAGGCUAUUUUCCAACGAUGAUUGAGUCCAUUAAGCACAGAUUUGGGCGGAUUUAUUCCGGGUCAAUUUUUGGCAGAUUCCAAAGGGGUACCAUCACAGAUUUCAGGCGAUUUAUUCGAAAUGCCAUUUUCUUGCGAUUCUGGAGGCUAUAGAUCACGAAACUAGGCCGAGGCUAUUCUCCAUCGAUAAUGAAGUCUAUUGAUCCUAUUCUCCACGGAUGACAAGUCCGUUAAGCAUCGAUUUGUGCCAAUUUGUUUCGGAUGACAUUUUCGAAAUUUCUUGAGCGACGAAAGGCCAUUUUCUUUGGAUAUUGAAUGCUACAGAUCACCGAUUCUACCUGAGGCUAUUCUCCAACGAUGAUUGAGUCCAUUAAGAACCGAUUUGGGCGGAUUUAUUCCUGGUCAAUUUUUGGCAGAUUCCAAAGCCGUACCAUCACCGAUUUCGGGCGAUUUAUCCGAAAUGUCAUUUUCUUUCGAUUCUGGAGGCUACAGAUCACGGAAUUAGGCCGAGGCUAUUCUCUACCGAUAAUGAAGUCUAUUGAUCCUAUUCUCCACGGAUGAUAAGUCCGUUAAGCAUCGAUUUGGGCCAAUUUAUUUUCGGAUGGCAUUCUCGUAAUUUCUUGGGCGACGAAAGGCCAUUUUCUUUGGAUAUUGAAGGUUACAGAUCACGGAUUUGGCCUGAGGCUAUUCUCCAACGAUGAUUGAGUCCAUUAAGCACCGGUUUGGGCGGAUUUAUUCCGGGUCAAUUUUUGGCAAAUUCCAAAAGAUACCAUCACAGAUUUCGAGCGAUUUAUCCGAAAUGCCAUUUUCUUUCGAUUCUGGAGGCUACAGAUCACGAAAUCAGGCCGAGGCUAUUCUCCAUCGAUAAUGAAGUCUAUUGAUCCUAUUCUCCACGGAUGAUAAGUCCGUUAAGCAUCGAUUUGGGAAAAUUUAUUUUCGGAUGACAUUUUCGUAAUUUCUUGGGCGAGGAAAGGCCAUUUUCUUUGGAUAUUGAAGGCUACAGAUCACGUAUUCGGCCUGAGGCUAUUCUCCAUCGAUGAUUGAGUCCAUUAAGCACCGAUUUGGGAGGAUUUAUUCUGGGUAAAUUUUUGGUAAAUUCCAAAGGGGUACCAUCACAGAUUUCGAGCGAUAUAUCCGAAAUGCCAUUUUCCUUCGAUUCUGGAGGCUACAGAUCACGGAAUCAGGCCGUGGCUAUUCUACACCGAUAAUGAUGUCUAUUGAUCCUAUUCUCCACGGAUGAUAAGUUCGUUAAGCAUCGAUUUGGGCCAAUUUAUUUUCGGAUGGUAUUUUCGUAAUUUUUUGGGCGACGAAAGGCCAUUUUCUUUUGGAUAUUGAAGGCUACAGAUCACGGAUUCGGCCAGAGGCUAUUCUCACACGACGAUUGAGUCUAUUAAGCACCGAUUUGGGCGGAUUUAUUCUGGGUCAAUUUUUGGCAGAUUCCAAAUGGGUACCAUCACAGAUUUCUGGCGAUUUAUCCGAAAUGCCAUUUUCUUUCGAUUUUGGAGGCUACACAUCCCGGAAUCAGGCUGAGGCUAUUCUCCACCGAUAAUGAAGUCUAUUGAUCCUA